AAAAAAAUUAUAAUAUAAACAUUUUGAAAAUUCUAUUCACCGUAUCCCUUAUUGUGUUGCUUCUAUUCACCGCCGCUCAGCUUCGGUGACCUCUUCCGCUUUAGUCCUCUGUUCAGAUAUUAACUUGGUUACUUGGGUCCAAGAUUUGUGUAAUCUCUGUCAUGGCAACUAGACUUCAGUUUGAGAAUUCUUGUGAAGUUGGAGUCUUCUCAAAACUUACCAAUGCAUAUUGUUUGGUUGCGAUUGGAGGUUCCGAAAACUUCUACAGUGCAUUUGAGGCUGAGUUAGCAGAUGUUAUCCCUGUGGUCAAAACCUCCAUUGGUGGCACUCGUAUUGUUGGUCGUCUUUGUAUUGGAAACAAGAAUGGGCUUCUCUUGCCCCAUACCACCACAGACCAAGAACUUCAACAUUUGAGAAACAGUCUACCUGAUCAAGUUGUUGUUCAGCGCAUAGAAGAAAGAUUAUCCGCUCUGGGAAAUUGUAUAGCAUGUAAUGACCAUGUGGCCCUAACACACACUGAUCUUGACAAGGAAACUGAGGAAAUGAUUGCAGAUGUUCUUGGAGUAGAAGUUUUCAGGCAGACUAUCGCGGGUAAUAUUCUUGUUGGCAGUUUCUGUGCCUUCUCCAACAGAGGUGGUUUGGUCCAUCCUCAUACUUCCAUUGAAGACUUGGAUGAACUUUCUACACUUCUUCAGGUUCCUUUGGUUGCUGGGACUGUCAAUCGCGGUAGUGAAGUAAUAGCUGCUGGCAUGACAGUAAAUGAUUGGACAGCAUUUUGUGGUUCAGACACCACAGCAACUGAGCUCUCUGUGAUUGAGAGUGUUUUCAAGCUGAGGGAAGCCCAGCCUAGUGCCAUUGUGGAUGAGAUGAGGAAAUCCCUCAUUGAUAGCUAUGUAUGAGUUUUGGUAAUAGGAUUCACUUUUCAUACGAUAUUGUAUUGCUUAUUGCUAAGAUAUUUAAGUUUGGUGAUAGUGUUUUUUUUACCUGGUAAACAGUUUGGCUAGUAGUUUGCCUUCUUAAAUAUGAACGCAUA